UCUGAAUUGUUAUUGUAUUUACUAAGUAAUUAUUAUACAUUUUUCUGAAUUGCAUGUGGUUGAAUGCAUGGAGCUCAAUCAAACAUUUCUGCCUUGCUGUUCAGCAGAUUUGGUUACCGGAAGCUGAUUAAUCCAUAUCCAUAUACUAUUAAAGAUUUCCCUAGAAAUUCAUCUCCUAUUAAAUUCUUCUUGAAAAAUUAUCCUUCAUUAAUUUAAAUAUAUAGGCUUGCUUGAUUAUAGUGUGAAAUUUGGUGAUUGAUUUGUUACUAUACUUAUUUCCAUUUCCAGGUUUUAACUUGAAACUUUAAGUGGAUUUGAAUACACGCUUGCUAGAAAAAUAAAGGUUUUUGUCGAUAGUCUUUGUAUGGAUCCAGAGGCUGCACGAACUGCUCGAGAGUCUCUGGACCUGGCAUUUCAUAUGUCCAACAUUCUUGAGACAGGGCUCGAUCGUCACACUCUCUCUGUCCUCAUUGCUCUCUGUGAUCUGGGUCUUAACCCUGAGGCACUAGCUGCUGUAGUUAAGGAGCUCCGAAAGGAACCUCCUACUCCAUCUUCCAGCCCCAUGCCAACACCUCCUUCUGUUCCUUAGCAAAGAAUGAUGUUAUCGGCUGCUGUUCAUAAAAAAAGUAAGAGAAUGUAAUUGACUGUUUUAUGCGGCCUUAGUAUCUGCCAUUGCAUAUCAUUUCUCUUUUUAUUAGGCCAUUGCAUUAUUAAUGUUCAACAGUUCUUGUGUUUUGGAUUGUCAAGGUGAUUUCCACACACAUGCAGCUGUUUUCCGAUUAUCAGCUUUGGACUUUGGUUCAUUGUUUUGCACCAGAAUCUCCAAGAAGGAAAAAAGAUCUGAGAGUUAUGUUCUUUCACUUUUACUUGCUGUAUCUUGGUUUAGAUCAAUGUCUUAGCAUUGGACUAAUACCCAAUCCCCGAUCCUUCAUCUAAACAACCCCCCCCCCCCCCCCCCCCCCC